AUGAUUUUCCUACUCGUCCUCCCUGUCCUCGCCUUGUGCGCCUAUCGAUAUAUCAUCUACCCCUUAUACUUCUCGCCACUCGCCCGGAUCCCCAAGGCACACUUUACAUCCGCAUUUCUUCCCACAUGGCUCUGGUGGAUACGCAACUACCGCUGCCGCGAGGUAUCGACCAUCUAUGCCCUUCACAAGAAACUGGGGCCGAUCGUGCAGCUGGCCCCGAAUGAAGUCAGCGUCAACUCAGCCAACGGCCUCAAAGCCAUCUACCUUGGCGGAUUCCCCAAAGACAACUAUUAUGAGGACCUGUUCAUGAAUUAUGAACGCUACCCUAACCUGGCCAGCAUGCUGUCCUUCAAGGCUCACUCGGAGCAGAAGAGGAUGGUGUCCCGUGUCUAUUCGAAGUCUUUCAUCUUGGCCUCCGAGGACCUGAGAGUGGCCUCCGAACAGCUAAUCUGGGAGAGAUACUUGCCUAUGUUCGAGAAGAUUGCGUUGCCGUCCUCUUUCCCUGCGGAUAGUGAAGAAGAGAGAUUGAACCUUAGCCGGGACAAGACGCUGAACGUCUUCCCUCCCUUCCAGGCUUUGGGUAUGGAUUUCAUGACGGCAUACCUCUUCGGAAUUGAUGCCAGUACCGACUUUCUCCGUGAUACGCAGUAUCGUGACCGCUGGCUGAAGCUAUAUUCCGUGUUCAAGACCCAGCUUCCAAAGCAGAGAGCGUUUGGAGAGGUUGAAAGCCUCUGCCUGAAGAUGUGCGACAGGGUUGCGAGCCAGAUAUCUGGGAAGGAGAAGGCGGAAGCUGAGCCCAAGCCCGGCUCUACCAGGCCAGUGGUAUAUGGUCAACUCUCAAACGGGAUCCUCUCUCAGAUAAACCCCAACAACGAUGUCGAAAAGGCGGAUGCCAGGCUCAGAAUCGCCUCGGAAAUGAUGGAUCAUAUAGUUGCCGGCCACGAAACGACCGGGAUAACGCUGACUUAUAUCGUCUAUGAAAUGUCGCGCAACCCUUCACUGCAAAAAAAGCUGCGAGAAGAACUGCUCACCUUAUCCCCCCCCAUAUUCUAUAGGCGGGGCGGCACCUCGGAGACCACCAGCGGCGGAGAUGAAAAGGGCAGCCGGCUCCCUUCUUUCCAUGCUCUCGAUGAUCUCCCGUUGCUCAACGGAAUCGUCCAUGAAACCCUUCGUGUAUACCCAGCUGCACCAUUGCCGUUGCCUCGAAUCGCGCCAGCAGAUCGGCCAGUAGAGCUUGAGGGCUACCAGAUACCUGCCGGUACCCGAGUGAUGUCCUCUGCGUAUACCUUACACCGAACUCCGGACAUAUUCCCAGAACCGGAGCGCUGGAAGCCCCAAAGAUGGGUCGACGCAAGCAAGGUGGAACUCGAGAAGAUGAGAAGGCUUUUCUGGGCGUUUGGUAGCGGUGGAAGAAUGUGCCUAGGAAGCAACUUUGCACUUCAGGAUAUAAAACUCGCCAUUGCGGCGCUUUACACGAACUAUACUACCUUUAUCGCGGGCAACGAUAACAUGGAACAAACAGAGACAUUCAUAGCGCAGCCUGUUUCAGGGAAGCUGGUCAUUGGAGUUAAGCACAUCUAA